UGCACCUGUUCCAGCUGGACAUCACGGUGAAGCAGGGGCGGAACAAGGUGCGGGAGAUGUUCAUGAAGAACGCCCACGUUAGAGACCCGCGGGUGAUAGACAUGCUGGUCAUUAAGGGGAAAAUGGAGCUUCAAGAAACCAUCCACGUAUGGAAGCAGAGGACUCAUGUCAUGAGGUACUUCCAUGAGACGGAAACUCCACAACCUAAAGACUUUCUGUCCAAAUUCUAUGCGGGUCACGAUCCCUGA